CUGGUAAGUAGGAUUAAUCCGUCAAACUUAGCCUCUCAACUAUUGUGCUAAGGUCCCAACUCAUUCUUCACUUUCUUACUUGUAUAAGACAACAGACACUGCAGACUGCAGAGAGAGAGAGAGAGAAAGAGAGAGAGAGAGAGAGUAUUCCAUCUGCUAAAACAUGGAGAAGAAUGAGAACAAAACCAUGGAAAAGAAUGACAAAGCCAUUACAACUGAUGAGCCUGAGGUUAACUACAGAGGAGUGAAAGCCAUGCCGUUCAUUAUCGGAAAUGAGACAUUUGAGAAGCUGGGAGCCAUUGGCACCUUGGCAAAUCUCUUGGUCUAUCUCACUACAGUCUUCAACAUGAAAAGCAUCACAGCUACAACUAUUGUCAAUGUCUUCAAUGGUACCACCAACUUUGCUACCUUACUAGGAGCUUACCUUUGUGACACUUACUUCGGUCGGUACAAGACACUCGGAUUCGCAUCAGUCGCGUCUUUUCUGGGAUUGCUUGUAAUAGCACUAACAGAUGCAAUCAAGCAGCUGCAUCCUCCCCACUGCACGUCGGAAGACGAAAGCGCAUGCAUCGGCCCAACGGCAGGGCAAAUGGCAUUUCUGCUAUUCGGUUUCGCACUAAUGGUGGUGGGAGCCGGUGGCAUCCGUCCGUGUAACCUAGCCUUCGGAGCCGACCAAUUCAACCCAAACACCGAAUCUGGGAAAAGGGGAAUCAAUAGCUUCUUCAAUUGGUACUUCUUCACGUUGACUUUUGCCAUGAUGGUUUCACUUACCCUCAUCGUCUACGUCCAAUCUGACGUGAGCUGGGUUAUAGGACUAGCAAUUCCUACGGCCUUUAUGUUCAUUUCGUGUGUACUCUUCUUCGUGGGGACGAAGAUAUACGUGAUCGUGAAGCCAGAGGGCAGUCCUCUUACAAGUCUAGUGCAGGUCAUAGUUGCUGCAGUUAAGAAGAGGUGGUUACCACUGCCAGAGCAACCGUGGCUCUCCCUUUUCAACUAUACGCCCCCCAAGUCAAUCAAUUCGAAGCUUCCUUACACACAACAAUUCAGAUUCCUGGACAAGGCAGCGAUAAUGACACCCGACGACCAAAUGAACCCGGAUGGAUCAUCCGCCGACCCAUGGAGACUAUGCAGUGUGCAGCAAGUGGAGGAAAUGAAAUGUGUACUAAGGGUCAUCCCUAUCUGGGCUUCAGCCAUUGUGUACUUCGUCGCCAUAGUCCAACAGAAUACCUAUGUCGUCUUCCAAGCACUUCAAUCCGACAGACGCCUUGGAAAUAUUAACUUCAAAAUCCCUGCCGCAAGUUUCCCUGUCUUCAACAUGCUGACCCUCACUAUCUUUUUACCCAUCUACGAUCGAAUCUUGGUCCCUAUGCUCAGAAGGCUCACGGGAAAAGAAGGCGGAAUCACAAUACUCCAAAGGAUGGGCGUUGGCAUAGCCCUUUCGGCGCUUGUUUCACUAGUCGCCGCCUUGGUUGAGAAUCAUAGGAGGACUUUGUCUCUUACGAAGCCAACCCUUGGAAUUGAACCACAAAGAGGUGCCAUUUCUUCAAUGUCGGGUCUAUGGUUGGUUCCUCAGGUCUCACUAGCUGGACUUGCUGAGGGAUUUACGGCCAUCGGACAAGUAGAGUUCUACUACAAGCAAUUUCCGGAAAACAUGAGAAGUUUUGCCGGGUCUUUCUUCUUUUGUGGCAUGGCAGCGUCUAGCUAUUUGAGUGGUUUCUUGGUGUCGAUAGUUCACCAUACGACAAAAGGGAAUGAAACGGGAGACUGGCUACCAGAAGAUCUUAACAAAGGGAGGUUGGAGAACUUCUAUUACAUGAUUGCUGCUCUUGGCGCGGUAAAUAUGGGCUACUUUCUGGUGUGCUCUAGGUGGUAUAGGUACAAAGGGACCGGAGGCGGUACUGUCGCAACAGAAAUGGAAGAAAAGGAUCUUUAUAAACCUAUUGUUUGAUAUUUCGGGGUUCCCAUAAGAGAAGGCCAUACUGACUGUUCCUGAAAUUCAUACUUAGAUUGAAUGGAACAAAAUCGAGCUGCGAAGAGAGUUCAUGUAUUAUGACUUCCAUUCUUGUUUUAUGAAAGUAUCUUUUCUUGUUGGAUAAUGAAGCAAUAAACAGCUAGAUUAUUGGCUAAA